UUUUUUUUUUUUUUUAAAUAAAGUUUUUCAAUUCAAACAAAAUGGCGGCGCCCUGUGUUCCAUCCGUGUUGUUGGACUGUUGAUGUGAACGGAGCACGGGUUUAUGAAAAGAAAAGAACCUUUGCUGUAUUAAAUAUCAGAGGAAGAAUGCCUGCUGCCGGAAAGUCAGCUAAAAAGGAAAUCAAAAAGCCACCCAAGACCUCCUUCGCAUCACCGUUUCCUCCACAAUGGGGUACGAUUCCUCAAGAAGACAUGCACUUCAUCCUGAAAACCCUGAAGGACAAGCUGGUGUCUGUGGGUCUUAAGAAGAAAGAGGUGAAAGUGUUUCGGCCAUGGAGGAAAAAGAAGGACAAGAAACCUGCUGCCACGUCAGAAUCAGAGCCUGUUCCCCAGGUGAGCCAGGAAGCACAGGCGCAGGAUUCUCCCAAAACCGGCUGGACAGACGUGGCAAUGAGGAAACAACUGGCCAUUGGCAUCAACGAGGUCACCAAAGCUCUGGAGAGGAACGAGCUCAAACUGCUGCUUGUGUGCAAGUCUGUCAUGCCCAAACACAUGACGAAUCACCUGAUAGCACUGAGCGUUACGAGAGGCGUGCCAGCCUGCCAGGUGCCUCGGCUGAGCCAGAGCGUGUCGGAGCCGCUGGGGCUGAAGAGUGUCCUCGCGCUGGGAUUCAGACAGUGUGCCUCCAAAGACGACGAGGUGUUCACUGACACUGUGGGCGCCAUCACACCCAAAGUGCCUCCAGUGGAUGUUGCAUGGCUACAAGGUGCAGCACCCAGUGUGACACCUGAAGACCCCGCUGACAUGGAAGAGGAAGAGGAAGAUGGCAAGAAGAGGAAGGGCCAAAAAAGGAAACUUGAGAGUGAAUCUGACCAGGUCAUAGAGUCGGCGUCUUCCUGCACUCUGCAACCUCUCAAAGUGAAAAGAAUAGUUGCUAACCCUGCAAAGAAAAGAAAAAUAAAGGCUAAGUCACAGACAGUCUAAUUAACAGAGACUGCCUAAAGAAAGAAAAGGACCAUUCCUAUGUUUUUGCAUGUUUUAGCCCACCAGUUUCUGAUGUUGACCUCUUAAAACAAGGCGGAGGACAUGAGAGCAGUUUUGUCUCCUCAGAUUGUUUCAUUUUAAGGAUUUUUAGAGGCCUGAGAGUUGAGAAUGUUUAGUAUUUCACCUCCUGACCAUUAACUUGGGAUCCACUAUUUUAGUUCAUUCACUUACACUUUUGUCAAUGCAUUUUUCCUACGUUGUGUUUGCACGGACUUGAAAUGUGUUUGAGAAAGAUACUUAAUUUGUGACAGUGAACUAGAGCUGCAGUACCCAAUUGAUUAGUCAAUUGACAGAGGAUUUUUUGGUUUCAGCUUCUUCAGUGUGACAAACCUCUGCUUUUCUUUUUAAAGUUUAUUGAAAGUGAUUUGGGUUUUUGGAUUAUUGAUUAUAAAAAAACAAGUAUUUGUAAGAUGUGACCAUGGGGAUAUUUCACAAAGUCUGUCAUUUCAUAGACAUAAUAAGAAAGCAAUCUGCAGAUUAAUAGAUAAUGACGGGAAUUGUGGUUGCAGCCCUACAUUUAAUGUCAGCUUUUUUUGUCCAUUGUCAGUAUUUCAUUGUAAAGAAAUUGACUUUCUUUCAAAGUCAACAAUUCAUAAAACAGAAAAAAUGUGAAUUAAAUUCUGUCAAACACAGAAGCAGACAUCAUUUGUUGAAAUGGGCAGCCUUUUUAAAUAAAUUAAGUUUCUGUUCUCAUUCUCUGUUGAAAUGAAUGCAAACCAGUGGCUGCAGUAGAGGUAAAAAAAAGUGUGGUGUGGUUUGGGGACUGGGCUGCAGUUUACAUGACUCAGAAUAACUUUAAAGGACCCUGGUAUGAUCCUUUAAACCAGUGGUUCCCAACUGGUCCAGCCACAGGGUCCAGAUUUCUCCUUAGUCAUCAGUUCAAGGUCCACACAGUUGAAUUUAUUCAGUGUCACAACUGCCAUUGGCCAUGUCAUCGAGCUAGUUUGCUGUCUCUGUCAAGUAGCUUUCCCUUAGUCACUCACUCUACAGCUGGAAAUCAGACUUCAAAACAGAAGCUUUGCGCUGGAAAUUCACUGUACUUCACAAUAAAGUGUGUUUUUUGCAAACAAGUCACUUGCAACCCAUUCAGAGUGGACCAUCCACCCAUCAGUAGAGAACCACUGCUUUAAGUUGAUUUUGUCAGUUAUAUUUCUAAGGCUGCAACCAAGGAUUAUUUUCACAAUUAACUAAUGAAUCAACUAAUCGUUCAGUCUAUAAAAUGUCAAAAAAUUGUCUCAAAGUGCUCAUCACAAUUUCCCAUAGCCCAGAGUGAUGUCUUCAUAUUGCUUCUUCUGUCCAAACCAACAGUCCGAAACCCAAAGAUUCAUGUACAGUCAUAAAAAAAUAAAGAAAAGCAGCUAUUUCUCAUAUCUAAGAAGCUGGAACCAGCAGAUAUGACAUUUUUGCUUGAAAAAUGCCUAAAACAAUUAAUUUUCUUUAAAUUGACUAAUUGAUUAAUUGACUAAACGUUGCAGCUCUACAUAUUUCUUUGGCCAGAAACACACAUAUUAAACUGAUAUUUUUGUUUCUGAAUAAAAUCUACUCAACUGUG